AUGCCUGCCGAGAAUGAAAUGCAUGCCUCGGAGUUUACCCCAGAAGACGAUCAACACUUGGCAAAGUUCCUUGCGACGCAUGAACGCGGCAGGACUGGCCAGAGACUGUAUGAUCGUUUGGUAGAAAAUCCAGAUAAAUGGCCGUGGGCGGCGCGACAUUCGAGAGUGAGCUGGAAGGCACGCUAUCGAGAGAGGAGACAAGAGCUCGAUGAGCUCAUAGGAAAGUAUCUCCGCUCCAAAUCGAAAGCAGUCGCCGCUUCUUCCAAUGCCAAGGCUUCGUCCUCGAAGAGACCUCCUCGAGUCUGGUUCACGCAGGAGGAUGAGGAACACUUCGCGCACUACCUUGCAGAACACUGUCCGACUAACCAAGGUCGUCAUGCAAAAAAGCUGUACGAGCAACUUUGCGAAAACACAGACAACCAGUGGCCCUGGGCACAACGGCAUCCACAAAGAAGCUGGUAUCAUCUUUAUCUCCGACGCCAGGAACGGUUUAACGAGCGAAUUUCGGAAAUUCAGCUCACGAAACGGGGGAAACGUGUUAUGGAGGUGUACAUUGAAUCACGAACUGAUGACGCAAAAAUAAAGAAAGCUACUCCACGGCUAUUGCUUGCAGAGGAAGAGGAGGAAUCUGGCUCGGAUACUAAACAAACACUAAAGCCCGAAGAUCCACAGGCACCCACCGCUUCCCUCCCGCUCGUAGAAGUUCUUCAAGAAUCCCAAUCAACUGACGCAUCCCAAUCUCAAGACUCCAUGGAAGUGGACCAACUCCUAAGCGACGACGAGAACAGUAAUAACUCCUCAAAAAUCAUUUCUGGAUCGCUACAUCCUGUCUGCUUGGAGGAACCCGACAGCGAAACCCGGUCCUCAAAGACUAUUAGCACCAAACCUCCGAUUAGACCUGAUCGUUCUCCCCUGGACCAAUUGCGCUGGAUGAGUCCGGAGAAGGAUGAAAUGGAUGAUUCGGUUUGUUCUGACCAGACUAGCUCUCAUCAAUCCGCCCCGAAUGGCCCUAUAAAACCGACUUCAGAAGUAAAAGCUGACAUUUUAGUUUCAAGUAUAUUCACAAUUAAAUGUUCUCAACAAGAGAACGCCAUUGCGUCGUCCUCAAAGCUUACCCUCUCAAGAUUCACACCUGCUUCAGCCACAGCAAACCAAAAACGAGACUUUCCAAUAACGUCGCAGCCCGAUUCAGGCAGUGCCUCUUCACGUACUGCAGACCUGCGGCCUGAAUCUAUUGCUCCGCUCUCUCGUUCCUCUGUUCCGAUCAUUGGCGUAUCAGCACUUGGAGAACGAACGAACCAAACCCCAUCGUCUUUCCUCACACUAACAGCGCCAGAAUGGCACGAGUCGAGUUCAACCUCUUCUCGUCCAGCCGGGACAGAGACCAACGAUGCAUCGUUGUCAUCCCGCUUAGAAGGGGGAAAAGACUCCGCGUCUGCCCGGCCCCAAGAGCUGAAUAUUUCCACCCCAUCUGAACAACCCGAGUUCGACUGGCAAGAGUUUUUAUUCUCUGAGAAGACGCAACAAAAUGUCGAUGUGUUGUUGGAUCCGACAACGAUGUCACCACCUCGCCCUCGCCCAGAUCGACAUGCUCAAGUGGCAGUAUACGAGCCUACGCCAUUAUUCUUCAAGGAGAAGGGGCGAAGGACCAGAGUACGGCGCGAUCGACGCAGGGAGAUUGAAAAUCGACGCCCAAGUUGA